GCAUGCGUCCUCUCGCGCAAUCUUCAACCCCAAUUACGGUACUGUAUGUGCAAAAACUGCUCUCAGAUCAGCGUAAGCGAGUUACUUCCCACAGCAUAGCAGCUCUGUUAGGUUCGUCCGGGUACGCCUUCAAACGGCAGCGAGCCAACUUCCCUACUGAAAACCGAGCGUGAAACACGGGUCUGUCCUCGGGCUCCGGGUAAAGAGAGUGCAUUCAACGCUUUUUCUCAGGUGGAGCUGUCGGUUCCGGCGUUUUGAACACUGGAAGUGCUCUAACUUGCUCUCGCAGCUCGUGUCGCGCUCCCGGCUCUCAGCAGCGAGACACCGCCUCCCGCGGCGUGUAUGAGCGCGAUCUUCUGCUCGGUCUCGGGUCUGCUCUCGUCCGGUACAGGCGGUUUUUAAACAGCGUCUCGGCGUGUCACUGAGCCAUGGCAGGAGCCCAGCAAGCAGACCCCUCGGACAGCCCCGCGCAGGUCGACGAUGCAGAACUGUCUCUCCAAGGAAUAAACAUGCUACUGAACAACGGCUUUAAAGAGAGCGCCGAGCUUUUCCACAAAUACAGGAAUUACAGCCCUCUGAUGAGCUUUGGUGCUAGCUUUGUCAGUUUCCUGAACGCCAUGAUGACGUUCGAGGAGGAGAAGAUGAAGUUGGCAUGCGAGGACCUGCACGCCACAGAGAAGCUGUGCGAGGGUACCGCCCCCGGCGUCCUCCAGACCAUCAAAAGCAAGAUCAGAAAGAGCGUGAGUGUGGAGAGCCCCAGGGCAGAGGUGGCUGCGUUGGAGAGGAUACAGCGACUCAUCAUCGUGGCGGACUGCCAGGUCUACCUGGCAGUGCUCUUCUUCAUCAGGCAGGAGAUCUCAGCGUAUAUUAAAGCUGGCUGGAUCCUCCGCAAAGCCUGGAAGAUGUACAAUAAAUGCUACAGUGACAUUAACCAGCUCCAGGAAGCCUGCCAGAGAAGGUCCUCGGCUCCGCAGGGGGUGCUGUCGUCCUUCACCCAACAGGAUGCAUCCUCCUCUGAACGCGUCAAGCACAGUCAGACGUCCCCUCUUCUGCCUGAGCCCCAAGGCACCCACGUCCCCGAUCGCGUGGAAGACGGCCAGAAGGACCCACAACCUACUAGUCAACCCAAAGGCAGCCGGAAGGCUACGUCCCAGUCAUACCAACAAGGGACGCCCAGCCCACGGUGCGAGGUGGGCGUGACGGCGGACGCUCUGAGUCGGCUGAAGGGCUCGGUCUGCUUCGGCUAUGGCCUCUUCCAUCUCUGCAUCUCCAUGGUUCCUCCUCACCUGCUGAGGAUCAUUAACUUGCUGGGUUUCCCUGGCGACCGGCAGCGGGGUCUAGCAUCCCUCAUCUAUGCAAGCGAGAGUAAGGACAUGAAGGCUCCUCUCGCUACGCUCGCCCUCUUGUGGUACCACACAGUAGUGCAGCCCUUUUUUGCCCUGGACGGCUCAGAAACGGAGACGGGACUUCUGGCAGCACGAGCCAUUCUCCAGAAGAAGGAGGCAGAUUAUCCAAACUCUUCCCUCUUCACGUUCUUCAAAGGCCGGGUACUGCGCCUGGAGUGCCAGAUCAGCAGUGCCUUAGUGGCCUUCAACGGUGCCUUGGAACUGGCGAGCGACCAGAAGGAGAUCCAGCAUGUGUGUCUCUACGAGAUCGGUUGGUGCAGUAUGAUUGAGCUGAGCUUUCCCGAGGCGUCCCGAGCCUUCGACCGGCUGAGGGUGGAGUCACGCUGGUCCCAGUGCUACUACGCCUACCUCACCGGAGUGUGUCAGGGAGCCGCAGGAGAUCUGGAUGCGGCUUGCUGCGUGUUCAAGGACAUGGCGGGUCUCUACAGGAGAAAGCACAAUCAGAUUGAGCAGUUUUCCAUGAGGAGGGCCGAGGAAUUAAGUAAGCUCCCACCUACAAAAGAGCGGUGUAUCUUGGCUGCCAUUGAGGUGCUGUACCUCUGGAAAGCUCUGCCCAACUGCUCGGACUCCAGACUUCAGCUCAUGGUUGAAGUUCUACAGCACGUGGACGACCCUUCCUCUUCUGGUCUGAAGCACCUCCUGCUGGGGGCCGUGCACAAGUGCCUUGGCAACGGUGCCGGCGCAGUGCAGUGCUUCAAUGUGGCUCUGAGGGAUGAGGAGAACCAGGUGACUGACUUCUAUGUGCAGCCGUAUUCCCUGUACGAGCUGGGAUGUGUGCUACUGGAAAGCGCAGAGUCCCAAGCCAAAGGAAGACGACUGCUGCUUCAGGCCAAGGAGAACUUCGCUGGGUAUGAUUUCGAGAACAGGCUUCACAUGCGCAUCCACACAGCCCUGGCCUCACUGACAGGGCCAGGCCCUCAGUAGCUCCGCCCCGAUUCCCAAGCCUGCCCACCAAAUCAAUCCUUUCGCCUUCCCAGAAGAAAGCUUGACCCGGAGUGGUGUAACAUGGAGGCAUACGGUCGGGUGGGGCAUUCGCGUUGGAAGCGGAGGAGAGAACUAAAGCGUGCGUUUCUGUACAUGGAUGCCAAAGAGCCGAGAGCGCCGUACCUACGUUGGAGCGACCUCUGCCGGUAGGCAUCAUAACGCCGGGUGAAGACGGCAACACUCUGGUGGGCACCCCACCCAGCGCAAAAAUGAAACGGACAGUGUGCUCCUCCAACUGGGGCGGAGACCUUGUGGCUGGAUGUCCCGAGUGACUGAGGGCUGUAUGAAGACCUGUUGUAAUGAGAACUACCCAAUCAGGAUGGCCUCUUUCGGAGUGCACUCUGACCCUUUACAAAUCCUAGUCUUACUCAACCUCUUACUGGUCCCUCUGUAGGAGGAGGGACUGGCAUUGUACAGUGAGCUAUGAGACACUGUCUCUACAGGUGAGGGCUUUUCCAGCAUGUCCGUCAAGCCCGUGCUCAUCUGCGGUUUCUGUUGCUCUGGACUGGCCUCCAUCCCACUGGAACAGAGCAUGACUGUUUGGCCAGUGGAGGAGUACGGCAUGACUCGCAGCUCCUGGCCGCGGUUUAUCAUUUUACAGAUGCCAGCGUUUCAAAUUUUCAAUAAUUAGAUUUGUGAUGAAUUUAAAGCGAUUCAGUAAUAACACUGUUCAACAAUGAUAUUGCUUCCUGCAAAAAAAAAAUUAUGUAUUUUUGCACACUGAAUUCAAAUAUGUUUUCAGAAUAUUUAUCAGCUAUAAUUUUUUUUUUUUGUUCCAGUAUGCUCGUGUUUCACUAUGUACAAAAAAGCACCACUGAGGAAAGUGGUCGCCAUUGGUAUUGGCAGAUGUCAGCACACUGAAGAGGGUGUGUUCCUGAGGUCACGUGUGAAAAUCAGACAUUGUACAUAGAAAUAGGUUUGUGCAUAUUUAAAGUGUGAUACCUUAUUUAAGGAGCAGUAAAAUAUUUUAAUGUAA